UCACGUCUCUGAUCAUUGCAAAGGCUGGCGAGUCAUUCUGCCUCCACUAACUUGCUACAUAGUCGACCGGUGCUCAUCAAGAUAAUAACCAAACAUCAAUCACGGGCCUCGACUCUUUUCUGAUCAUCAUAUAAGAAGGCUUCAUUUUGUUGAGCAUUUUGACCAAACCCAUAACACUUGUUCGUUGGUCCCCAAACAUAGAGGUUUUUAUCCCUUUCUUUCAACGAGGAUUUGAAGAUGGAGGGAAGGAAGAAACAAGCCCAACUACAUGCAAUGUGGUUCGCUGCUGGAACAGCUGCCAUCAUGGCAUGCUUAGAACGCGCUGUUUUAGUAUCAGUUGUGGAGCAAUGGCGGGUUGUGGCCUUCCUUGCGCUCAACCUCUUGCUCUUGGCGAUUCUGUUUACUUCCCCAUCUCCUCUGGCUUCAUCCAACGAGCCCACGAGCCAGGAAUUCAAUGAAAAUAUGGAUUCGAAGGUGGAAUUAAGGAGCAACGAGAGGAAAGAAAGUGCAAGCAGAGGACCAAUGCUGUCUGCGGCGGAUGACCAUCAUGAUCACGAUGAUGGGAGCGGCAACCACUUGAGAUUACUGAAAUGCAGAAUCAGAAGGGAAAAGGGACGCGUGGUUGAAAAGCAAAAUUUGAAAGAUACUAUGGAUCAAGCUCAUGAUGAGCUCUCCCAGGAGGAGUUGAAUGAGAGAGUGGAGGCGUUUAUUACAAUGUUUAGGCAGCAUUUGGUAUCUGAUGCAAAGGGGAAAAGCUGCAGGGUCCACUCUUCAUCCAUUAAACGCAAAGCCAUGUACAACAACUAUUCUGGAAGCACCGGAAGGGGAUUCUGAAGAUUUUAGUAAUUGUUUUGCUACGGAUGAUAGAUGAAUUAAAAGAAGUUGGUUUUGGUUCUCAUCAGAUUUAGAGCAUCUUCUUGCCAGCCAACUGCCAACCAUAGUCAUUGGGAGACUUGUACCGAUGGCCAAAUCUUAGUCCGAAAAUUAAGCUGGUCCUCCUCACAUUGUUUAGUUCACUUCACAAUUUCUUGUCAUUCAGAAACUUACGGAACAAUUAUUUA